AUAAUAACGCAAAAGUAGAUUAUAAUUUAUCUAAUAACAAAUUAAUACGACGUCAAGCUACAGCAAAAGCUACAGCACCAGCACAACCGUCCCCAGCUACAGCACCAGCACAACUACCUCCAGCUACAGCACCAGCCCAACCAUCCUCAGCUAAAGCACCAACAGGAUCACCAACAGCAGCAGCAUCUCAGUCUGCAGCACAACCUCCAAGUUCUUCAAAUCCAGCUACACCACCAACUUCAGCUAAGGCCCCAACACCUCCUGCAAAUAUACCACAAACCGUAGUUGCUCCUAAAAAUCCUUCACAACCUACGGACCAAGCCAAUGUACCUGUGCCUUCGCCGCAAGUACCAACACAGUUACCUUACGGUGCUGGAGCAGAAAAACUGCAAUCUGAAAAAGGGAAU